ACUGUUCGGUGGGAGGGCAGCCUGGGAUCUGUUCUGCAUUUGAGUCACGAUGGGUCCUCGACGAGCAGCUCGGUCCGGCUUGAUGGCGUUGGCACUGUUGUGCUGCAUGGUCGGAACAUUCUCUCAAAGCACUCAAAAAUUCAACAUCACCAAGAUGCUGGCAGGCCAACCGAGAUUCAGCGUGUUAAGAGAGAUGCUGAGUUCCCUCGGCGUGGCGGCGGAGAUCAAUGGUCGAAAGUCCGUCACAUUACUGGCUCCCGCCAACAAUGUAAUGAGAGCCUUCCGGACCAACAAUAACAAGACGGACGCUAUCAAAAUCACCGAUCUCCUUCGCUUCCAUGUGCUGCUCACCUACUUUGACAUAGCAGAGCUCAGGGCCCUGAAGACGACCAACUACACCUCCGUGACCACCCUUCUGCAGACCACUGGAAGGGCCAGCGGAAACAAUGGGUUCGUCAACAUCUAUAGUCUGAAGUCGCGUGUCAAACUUUAUCAAAAGUUUAUCCAACAAAGAUAUGGACGACAGGAGUAUGAGGAGUUUGAUGAAGCUGAAACCACUGAUGUGGAACAACAGGCCUUGCUACCUUCGGUUCGGUAUCCCAAGCUAUGGAUGGUCAAGUGUCAGAUUGGUCAUGAGCGGGAAGCAUCCAUUGGCCUCAUGCAAAAGUUUAUGGACAUGGACAUGCAAGGGAAGCCCCUACUUAUCAAGUCAGCAAUCGCUUUGGAUCACCUCAAAGGCUAUCUGUAUGUGGAGUCCGAGAAGGAGGCUUAUGUCAGAGAGUCUAUCAGAGGAAUGCGAGUGAUAUUCCAACGGGAAGUAAAGUUGGUGCCAAUAAAGGAAAUGACUGAUGUGCUAUCAGUUGAAAAGAAGUCGGUUGAUAUUGACACCUGGGUUCGCGUGAAGAAUGGGGUAUAUAAAGGCGAUCUUGCAAAGGUUGUGGACGUGGAUCAUGUGAGGCAGCGUGCCACCAUCAAGCUGAUACCCAGAGUUGACCUCCAAGCUUUGGCUCUCAAGAUGAAUGAAGGGUCAAUAAAAGGAAGUAAAGAUGACGCUAAGAAUAGGCCAAGACCUGCACCUCGGUUUAUUAACGUUCAAGAACUUCAGGAUUUGAAAAUAUCAAUCGAGAGGAAGCGUGAUCCUAAUCACGCAGGAGAAUAUUUCGAGUUCUUUGAUGGCAUGCAAUUUAAGGACGGUUACUUAUACAAGGGUGUAUCUUUGAAAAGUAUUGACUCGAAUGGUGUACUUGGCCUUGAACUUGCACAUGUCGACACCUCGGAAAGAGCGAGGAUUCUUUGACAUGCCGAUUAUCCAGGACGGGAGUCUUUCGCCCAUGAUUGAGCAAGUUAGAGCCAUAGUGAUUUUGUCUUUGCCUUGCUUCCCUCCUUUACAUGAAUCAGCGACGUGGUUCAGUGUUGAAUCAGGUAAGGCUCGGAAGAAAAAUCCUGUCUCAUCCAUAUUAAACAUGUUCUUGACAUCAAAGCCGGCUAACAAUGGCUAACAAUGAUUGCAAUGAUAUCUUCCAUUGUUCGGCGUCUAUAAGAUCUACAUUUCCUGAUUCUCCACAAGUCUUGUACGAUUUCACAUUGUUUCUCUGCUUCCACUUUUGGAGCUAGCCUUCAGAUGCAGAAAAUUCUUUUACAUCAGUUUCCAAACAACUAGCGAUUUGUUUUGCUUUCUCUUGUAGAAUGGGGCCACUCAUCGGAUAGCCACGCGACCUUGCUCGUGAAAACCAUCUCCAUAGAGUGACACUGAUGUUAGUCUGCUGAACAAUUAUGGUUUUAGAGAGUGCCCGAUUGCUCUCUGCUUCUCUCAACAACGUUUCUUUGUUCUGCUUUGUUGCCUGCACGGUUCCUUUGGAAUAAAAAAACUUGUACGUUGUUGCUCUGAUGCUAUGACCAUCGUCAAGUUACUUGAUGAUGGCAGGCUUGGUGCUCAAAUCUACCAGCUUUCGGUUUUUUUGUC